AUGUCGUGGCAAGUGGACUCGCUAGAGGAGCCAUAUGACUACGAUUCGAUUAUGCACUCCUCCCAGUGGACCUAUCGAAAUGGUGAAUGGAUUGAACGGGUAAGGCCUAAGGAUCCGAACGCCAAAAUUGGACAGAGGGAGAAGCUCAGUGAGGGUGAUAUCAAACAGACAAACAAGCUGUACAGAUGCCCUUUAAUAUGUGGUAGCCAAGUUAGAGGAACAUUUGGGACCAUUACCAGUCCCAAUUAUCCACAGGCUUACUCGGCGAACACGCGCUGCCUUUGGGAGAUAACAGUUCCUGUUGGAUCAACCAUCACGCUCAGUUUCACUUCCUUCAACCUUGAAGGUUAUGUACAAUGCGAUGCCGAUUACGUUAAAAUUUUCAACGGGCCCUCCAAAAAUGAGGCGUUACUCAUUACGCUAUGUGGUCGCGAUCUACCAAAAACUGUAAGCUCAACGUCUAACACAAUGACUAUGGAGUUUGUCUCUGAUAGUUCGGUCCAGGAAGGUGGAUUUUCAGCGACGUUUCAAGCGGCUCCCGCAGUACAGGAUAGAAACUGCCAAAACACGGAACAUUGGUGUCAGCAGGAAUGCAAAGAUACAGAGUUAAGUAUUGAAUGCGCCUGUCGGCGCGAUUUUGAACUUCAACCAGACGGAAAAUCGUGCAAAGUUCUAUGCCGGAUGCUUCUUACUGGUGUUACGGGUGAGCCCCUUUCUCCGGUGGAGUCUUCGAGCAGCCAAUGCGUCUGGAAGCUCGUUCAGACACAGCGAAAUCAGGUUUUCCGCCUAACUUUCACGGAAUUCGAUCUCAUCAAGGAGAACUGCCAAGAUAACUCUGUCAGGGUUGUCCGCCGCCUUGAAAACAAUAAGACAAUUGACAAACGCUAUUGUGGCAAAACAUUGCCCCCAACCAUCAUCUCGUACGACGAGCUGACUCUUGUAUUUGACAUGGGCAGCUCUGGGCAGCCAACGCACUUUCGAGCCAACUACCGCUAUGAAGACAAUGAGUGUGCAACGAAUAAUGGCGACUGCGAGUACAGGUGUUAUAAAACACCUGGCACAUACCACUGCAAGUGCAAAAAAGGCUUUGAGCUGUAUGAAAAGUCCAAAUGCAGACAACGUGGCUUCGCUAAAUGCCUACCGGAAUCAUGCAUAUUCACCUGCCUAUCCGAAUUAAAGCUGUUCCAUUGUUUCCUUAUUGUCACCCAAUAUGCACGCAAGCUUUCGAACACCCUCUGGUAA